AUGGUGGCGGGUGGCGUUCUACGGCGGGACCCAAUCAGCUCCGCCCUUCCUCUAGCUGCCGAUGCGGGAUUCUUCCUCGCCAUCGCUCCUGCACGGAGACCACCCGCGCCCAGCGCCACCCCUCUCAGCCGCUCGCGCCUGCGCCGCCCUACCGCCGUCGCUGCUCGUCUCCGCUCGCCGCCAAGACGCCCGCGGCCGCCGUUCACCUCCCCGACACCGGCCUCGCCGCUGCUCCAGCCAAGCCCGGCGCCGCGGGCCGCCGCCUCUUCUUCGGCCCCGCCUCGUGCCUCCGCGUGCUGCGCCGCACCACACGCCGGCGCCCUCCUCUGCAAGCUCGCCAGCCGCCGCUCGAGCUCCUCGCUUACUGGCGCCGCUCCUUGUUCUGCCGCUGUGGUCCGUGCCAUCCUGGCCGUCGUCGACGUCGAAGAACCUCCGCCCGCUCCGCUACGCCGCAUCGAGGCCGGAUGGCGCGGCGGGGCCUCACGCCGCGCUCCGGUCCCCGAAGCCCGCGCAGGCGCCGCCCAGAAGAGGGGCUUUGCCGUCGCGCUCACCCCGGACGAGAUCGCGCACGACUUCGCCGCCAUCCGCCGCUGCGCCACGCGCCCCGCACCAGCUGCCCCGCGCCGCUCCUCCAAGAAGCGGACCAACCGCGUGCAGAACGCGAUCGAUGUAAGCAAUCGGAACCUCUGCUUCCUUCCUUAA